GUUCGGGCGAAGGCGGAAACCGGUCCGCAAAGGAGAGCACUGUGGGCAGAAGUGGACGGACGCCCCGUUGGGGCUUCCAGUCUUCCAGGAGCAGCAGCCAGAGAGGCUAUUUGGGCCAUAUGGAGAACGUAGCUGAGACAGUGACAGGAGAAUGCUCCCCCGAUUCCAGCACCAUGGAUGCCCGGCCGUUAUUCCAGACCUUGCUCACACUGGCAGAAGACAAUGCUGCUUUCUUCCAAAACGUCCCGAGCGAGACGGGCCAGCGCUUCCUGGCUGCCUUCACCACCAUCCGGGAACACGCCCGGUGCCUCGAGCCGAUGCUCAGCCACUUCUCCACCGUCUACCACAUCUUCGACCUGGACGAGCACACCCCGGCCAACGGUUUCCGCAGCCUGGCCCAGACGGUGCGCUGCUGCGUGGCUCACAUCAUCCACAAGAGCCGUUACGUGGCUUCCAACCGCCGCAGCAUCUUCUUCCGCACCAACCAUAACUGUGCUGAGCUGGAAGCUUACUGCAUCGCCUUGACCCAGCUCCGGGCCCUGGUCUACCUUGCCCAGUGCCUGCUCACCCAGAACCGCCCAGGGCAUCUCUUCAACCACGAGGAAGGUGGCGUCUCCAAGCAGUUUCUCCAGGAAUACAUCACUAUGCACAAGGGAUGCUUUUACGGACGCUGCAUGGGCUUCCAGUUUGCUCCUUCAAUCCGGCCUUUUCUGCAGACCAUCGCCAUCAGCCUCGUCUCCUUUGGGGAAAAUUACAAACGUCACGUUUCUGGCAUCGGCGUGGCUGCUGGCUCUCUCUUCACAAGCGGGAAGUUUGCAAUUGACCCCGAGCUCCGAGGGUCAGAGUUUGAGCGCAUUACUCAAAAUCUGGAUGUGCAUUUCUGGAAAAGCUUCUGGAACCUCACUGAGAUGGAAUUGCUGGCGUCCCUGGCCAGCAUGGCUUCCUCCCAGGUUCGAUUGUGCCGAGCCUUGCUGGUGCCGCCCCAUUCCUUCGACCUGCCUCUGGUUUCUGACCCCAAACUGACUGUCACCAUCACACCUCCGGUGGCCCACACUGGGCCAGGAGCUGUCCAGAUGAGGCUCAUUUCCCACGAGCUGCGUGAAGGACAGGACAGUCAGGAGCUGAUCAAACUUAUGCGACCAGAAGGAACCCUCGCUCUGGAGCUGCCCUGGAAAAGCAAGCCACUGCCGCGCUCACCUUACCUCGUGGUGCAUUUUCACGGAGGGGGUUUCGUAGCCCAGACUUCCAAGUCUCAUGAGCCCUACCUGAAAUCUUGGGCUCAGGAGCUUGGCGCUCCUAUUCUUUCCAUCGAUUACUCACUGGCACCAGAGGCGCCCUUCCCUCGGGCCUUGGAGGAGUGUUUCUAUGCCUACUGCUGGGCCAUUAAGAACUGCCACCUCUUGGGUUCCACAGCACAAACGGUGUGCCUUGCAGGGGACAGUGCUGGUGGGAACCUCUGCAUCACCGUCUCCUUGCGUGCAGCUGCCUUUGGGAUUAAGAUGCCGGACGGGAUCAUGGCAGCAUACCCUGCCACCCUCAUGCAGGCGGCGGCCUCCCCCUCGCGGCUUCUCACCCUGCUGGACCCACUCCUGCCUCUUAGCGUCUUGUGCAAAUGCCUCAAUGCCUAUGCAGGACUGGAGCCGGAGCAGACGGAUGAUUCCUCCUUGGAGAAGCUGGGUCCUGUGAACAUGGUGCGCCGGGAUACAGCCCUCCUUUUCCAAGACUUGCGCCUGGGUGCGUCAGCCUUGAUUGGCUCUUUGUUGGACAGCAAAGGCAAGCGCAACAGGGCGGGUGGAGUAAAUGAAGCCAUGAGGAAGAGCACCUCGGAGACAGGCCUGAAAUCUAAGCCGUUUGCCAGCCACAAAGAUUCCUGGAAGAGCCAGACCUGCCAAGACUUCUUAGGUUCCCCUGCGGUCCAGCUGGCCCCAAGCCCUACCACCCCUGGCCCAGCAGAGCAGCCCACCUUCUUCCUCUCCGACAGUGAGCAAGAGGCCUCGUCCCCCAGCGACAACCACGGCUUGAUCUUUCCCGACAGCUUCCAGCCCCUGCGCUCCGACCAGCCUGCCACCAGCUUGUCUCUGCAGCUCUCCCCCAUUCUCAAGAACCCGUUCAUGUCACCCCUUCUGGCCCCGGAUGGAAUGUUAAAGGGGCUCCCUCCGGUCCAUAUUGUGGCGUGUGCCCUGGACCCCAUGUUGGAUGACUCCGUGAUGUUUGCCCGGCGGCUGCGGGCCAUAGGGCAGCCAGUGACCCUGAGAGUGGUGCAGGAUUUGCCCCACGGCUUUCUUAGCCUGUCCCAGCUGUGCCGCGAGACGCGCCAGGCCUCAGCGGUCUGUACCGAGCUCAUCCGGAGCGUUCUGGUCCCUUCUGACAACACCACCCCGCAGCCACCUGCCGCACCCCAGAAACAUCGCAAACUGGAGCGAAGUUCUCCAGCCGGGGCUGUCAAUGCCUGCGUUGCCAACCACAGUCCCAUCCAGGAGAACGGCGCACCCCCUCAACGCAAAGGGUUGCACAAUAUAGCGGCAGAGAGCAGGAGCACCAGACCUGGCCAGGAGGCCCAAGCCACUAGCAACAGUCCAGAGCUCCAAGGUGGGAGCCGUUCCGUAGACCAGCAAAGCAGAGCCAAGGGCAACAGCACUCCUUCCACAGCCGGUCCUAUCUUGAAUGCCACUCUCACUCCCAGCCAGGAUUCCAGUCCCUCGAGCAGCACAUCAGGCAGAGGGGUGGGUGCCUGAGCCCCCUGCAGAUUGUGAAGACUUUGUGAUUUGAGCUGCUGUGAUUUGCACCGGAAAUCCUUCUUGGUGCUUUUUCUUCACUCUUGAGGUGACCCCUGCAAGCCUCGAGAGCCUGACCACUCUUGCUGCCGACUCUGUUGCUAACAAAACAUGGGCCAUCCGUUUGUCCCAACUUACCCAUUCUUCUCAUCUCCUGGAAUGAUGCUUUUAUACCUGUUCGGAUUUUUUAAAAAGAAAAAAGCUGCGUAAAACUCUGCAGCCAGUAUGUCCUUGUUGUGUUGGGGCUGAGCAUCCAGGUGUUCUCAGCCUCCCAGCUCCCAGUCACCUUGGCACCCACCUACCUUUCCUCAUCUUUUGAUCUCAGCAUUAGGUAAACAUCUCCAAGGAGAUGUAUUUGGGGGGUGCAGGGGGGGUGGCUUUCUACCAAACCUUAAGAAUCCACUCCUAGCCACCAGAAGCAUGAUGCUGGCCUUCUCCUUGGCUCAGAGGGAGGGGAUGAUGGCAUUUGCUCCAUCCAGGCCAGCUGAGCCAAUCCUUCAACGCACUGAGUAUUCCUCCCAUUUGCACAGAAGUAUUAACUGUCACUGCCUUGUCCCAUCACCACUCCUCAGUAUCAGCCAUGUUUUGAGAGGAAAACCAUUGCACUGUGAUUUUUCUUCCCCACGACUGUCUUUUCUAUCCACCUCACCCUGGUUGCCUUUGGGGAUGGCUGUUGUUAUAAACCAAGGGGGAGGGAAGGUCCAGGGAAACAUGGGGACUUCUCCCUCCUCAGGAAGGCUGAAGUCUUCAGCUCUCUCCUGGGGUUGAGCAGGACAAGUAUUUUUGGAAAUA